GCCCCUCACACGCACACGGCCAACAUGUCUGCACCGGAUCCCAGGGAAACAUGGUCGCGCAUCCAGAAUGAGCUCACGAGACGGGGCGUUCGACUCGGAGGUGCGGGCGGCGGCGGGCCACCCAAGGGCGUCUUUGGCGGCAUUGGAGGCCUGCUGCUCGUCGGUGGUGGCAUAUGGAUGGCCAACAAUGCGCUAUUCAACGUCGAUGGUGGCCACCGAGCAAUCAAAUACACGCGCAUUGGCGGUGUUCAGAAGGAAAUCUACAGCGAAGGAACCCACUUCCGCAUUCCCUGGUUCGAGACGCCCAUUACCUACGAUGUGCGCGCCAAACCACGAAACGUCGCCUCCCUCACAGGCACCAAGGACCUGCAAAUGGUCAACAUAACCUGCCGUGUGCUGUCGAGGCCGCGGGUCGAUGCGCUGCCCCAAAUCUACAGGACACUGGGCACAGACUACGACGAGAGGGUGCUGCCGUCGAUUGUGAACGAGGUGUUGAAGAGCGUGGUGGCGCAAUUCAAUGCCAGUCAGCUCAUCACACAGCGUGAAAACGUCAGCAGGCUGGUACGCGACAACCUAGUCAGGCGAGCUGCGCGUUUCAACAUCAUGCUCGACGAUGUCUCUCUAACACACCUCGCCUUCUCCCCCGAGUUCACCGCCGCAGUCGAAGCCAAGCAAGUCGCUCAACAAGAGGCCCAGCGCGCUGCUUUCGUUGUCGACAAAGCGCGCCAGGAGAAGCAGGCCACGGUCGUCCGCGCGCAGGGUGAGGCCCGUUCCGCCGAGCUGAUUGGUGAUGCCAUCAAGAAGAGCAGGAGUUACAUUGACCUGAGGGAGUUUGAGAAUGCGAGAGCCAUUGCUAGUAUCCUGCAGCAGAGCAACAACAAGGUCUACCUUGACAGCAAGGGUCUGGGUCUGGACAUCAGCCAGAGCACAGCAGACAAGGAGCAGAGGGCGAACAGGAAGUAAGGCGGAUUGGAUGAAGAGGAUGAGUGCGCGAGCUCUCUUCGCACAUGACGACCAUGUAUAAUUACUACCCUUGGAAGAAGCGUGCCCAUGCUUAGCUUUCCACUCAUGUCUAAAUAACAAUAAAUGUUCUGACCUCACUCGUGGCCGUGUCAACAGAGGCUUGGCAUGCUGUAUAGUCUGCUGAACCAAGUCGGAGCAGUCUUGCUUUUACGUUUACCCAGUUCCAUUGGGC